AUGGCGACGCCUUUGACCUUGGCGCCUUCCUCGCUCGUGUCGGCUGCCUACUUGCCGGUGCAUUGGACGUUUGGUGCGCAGCCUGAAGAUCCACAGGCUGCGCUGCAGGUUGAUGGUGGCUUUUAUUCCUCACACAUCGAAGAGGUGUUCAAUGUAGCAGCGUCUCCAACCUCUCACUGCGAGGUUUCAGCCAUUGAUGUCCCCGCGGCCAAGCAGAUUGAGCCACCGGGCCAGCGCUUGCAAGUCGUGCCGCCACAGGCUCCACAGGUCUCGCCCGCUGCGGCCAUGGCUUCAGCGGCGAUGAAAGCCACGGCGAACAUGACGCCAUCGACCGCGCCAGUGCUGAGCUACUCUGGCCGGUCAGUGAGCCCUGCCCCUGUUGCCACAGGCAAGGCCAGGCAACCUGCCACGCCACCACCAUUGGUGCCUGCCGCACUCGGCUCGGCUUUCCGCUCUCCCUCCGAAGGACGCAUCGGCAUCUUCCGACCAGACCUGGCGAAGUCUCCGAUGCACAGGCAGCAUCCUGAUGGAUGGCGGUCCCCGGCCGCACUGCCAACUGCACCUUCGUCCUUUCCCAUGUGCCGGUCUACGCCAUCGCCACGACAGAGUAUCCCGCCAGGCUUUGGAGGGUCUCCGGCUGGCACGCGGCUUGCCUCAACGCAGGGGCACGCGAAAGCUUCCUGGCGCUCUCCAUCAGAGGGGCGCAUCGGAAGUGGACCACAGUGGGCCCCCGUAGACGGGGGACAAGGAGGGCAGACCAGAACACCUCGUUUCGAGAUGGCGCAAUCACCGAUGAGGAGGCAACCUGGCGAAGCCGCCCCUCUGCCACAUUCCUUCACCAUUUGUCGCUCGUCGGGAUCGCUGACAAGUUCGAACCCAUCAUUCUACAUGCCUCACAGUGCGAUGGGUGGUGGGGGGUUCAGCCAGACGCCUGUGCCAGCUGCAGCCUACAUUGUGGACUUGGCCGAUCCUGUUGAUCAGUUGUUGGGCAAUGCCCUGCGCAUGCUGGACGCCGCUGCAUCCUCCAAGCUUGUCCUACGACGCCUUGGCCCUGGACGCUACGAGAUCGAUGGGCGGCGGGUGACGCUCCGUUGGGAACAGGGCGGAGCUGGCCUGGUCGUGAUCGAAGAUGAGGUCCUAGAUGCCCGGGGCUCCGCCAUGCCGUUGGUGGCGUACCUGAAGUCGGCGGGAAAUGUGGCCGCCUCGCUGAGCGGGCAACGCGCCGAUAUGCCAAAGAUUGCCAGAGUGCCAAAGAGCCAGCGCUUGACCUUUGACGACGACGCGCCUGCAGAGCAAAAUCUGGCGUCGCAGAUUGAGAAGCUGGGUAGCGAGCGAUGCGAGUCGAUGCGCCUGGCAGUGGAGCAGGCGCGGCUGAGGGAGGAGGCGGCGGAAGCCUACGAGAAGCUGAAUCGAGGCCGCGUUCCACCUCCACAGAUCGCGCCCAUGCAGUUUAUGAGCUGA